AAUACCUGUAACAAACUAAAGUUACAUCGAUUGAACAUUGUGAAAUUAUGCGCAAUAAAAUAUUAGAAAAACCGUUAUACCGUAGAUACGUACGUACUGCCUCGUACUGCGGUACUGAAUUCUAGAACUACCUACUUUCAAAGAUUCCCGCACUUUUUUAUCGGUAGUAUCAUGAAUCAUCAACAUUAGUUGUAACCAGCUUCUUGCUUGUUAAAAGUAAAAUUAGAUAAAUAUGGUAAUUAAAACACAAUUAGGUAAAAAACACAAUUAAUUAAAUAAAUCACAAUAAUAAGCAUUGAUAUUGUUCACUGACGAGUAUAUAAAUUGGUAUUUAUACUAUGAUGAUGUCUAUGGCCUAUGAUUUAUGUUUUUAUUAUCUGUUCAUGAUAGUGACAACCAAGUGACAACUGACAUUUACGAUUCAACUUUUUAAAUGUGUACAAACCGUUAUUGAAUGGAUUUAGAGUUAAAUGAAUUAAAUAAAUACUACUAGUUUAUUAUUGUCUCAAUAGUGUUAUGAAUUAAAUUUGUUAUAUGCGUAAAUCACUCAUAUGCUAUUUAUAAAUUAAUAAUCUCGCCUUGUUACCUACUCUUGAAACCUUAGUGAUUGAACCUCACAAAAAGAUGCCGAGUGUUAGUAACAGUGGUGACGCGCCUAGACAACUUGAAAACUGUAAAAUGCAACUGGAGUGCUUGGAAUUAGCGGGAUGUACUCUAGACCGGUACAUUACUUGUGAUAAUUCCCGCCCUUCAUUUCUAGAGAUAACAGGCAUAGCAGUACAAGGCAUUCCAACAUGUAGUGGCCUAAAUGCUGGAGACUACAGAAACCUGGCAGCCCUACUAAAUCAUGCUUCUUUGUCGCAGUUAAAAAUAUUAAAUAAAGUUCCAUUGCCACCAGAAAUAAUGGAACAUUUUGCUCAUAUGCAGUGCCACUGUUUGAUGGGGGUGUUUCCAGAAAUAAGCAGAGUUUGGUUAGCAAUUGAUAGUAACAUUUAUGUAUGGGCAUUUGAACAUGGCAGCGAUGUAGCAUACUUUGAUGGCCUAGGAGAAACUAUUGUCAGUGUGGGCUUGGUUAAACCGAAGGCAGGAGUUUUUCAGAGUUUUGUUAAGUACUUACUGGUCUUGACAACUACAGUAGAAAUAGUAGUAUUAGGUGUAACUUUUUCAAGUGGCAAGCAGAGUGGAUCAACUGAAUUUGAAGAGAUACAUUUGGUGCCGGAACCUGUUUUUGUUUUGCCUACUGAUGGUGUUUCAAUGCUGUGUGUGAAAUCAACAUCCAAGGGCAGAAUAUUCAUGGGUGGAAAGGAUGGAUGUCUUUAUGAAAUAACUUAUCAGGCUCAAUUAGGCUGGUUUGGUAAACAUUGUAAGAAAAUCAACCAUUCUACAAGCGCGCUAUCAUUCUUGGUGCCUUCAUUUCUUAAUGCAGCCUUGUACGAUGAAGACCCCAUCGUUAAGAUUGAAGUAGACAACUCACGGAAUAUAUUAUACACGCUUAGUGAAAAGGGUUGCAUUGAAGUGUUUGAUUUAGGAGAGGAUGGUGAAGGUUUAACUAAAGUCACUAGAUUAGGUCAAAAUAGAAUUGUAUCUUCUGCACUAGAAAUUGUAAAGACUGUAGAAACAAAUAAUUUCAAACCGGUAAUUGCCAUAUCAGCUGUAGAAGAGUCUGAAUCGGAACAUUUGAAUGUUGUUGCUAUCACACAGACUGGAGCAAGAUUAUACUUUAGUACAGGCUGUAGAGACCCCAAUCAAGGAGGGCCUGCUAGACCACAAGACCUCAUUUUACUUCAUGUCAGACUACCACCAGGAUUUACACCGAAUGCUUCCGUUCUUAAACCAAAACAAGUCCACAAUGCUGUGUAUGAUAAUGGUACCCUCGUAAUGGUGUGCUCGACGGGUGGCGGUGACGCAGAAACACUCUGGUGUAUGUCGCGAGCGCUCGGAGGCGCUGCGUUUAGCGAAGCGCAUUCUUUGUUACCUCUAGACGGGCCCGUGUGGGCGUUAACCGCCUUACCGACGAUACACGACUCGCACUUGUCGCCCGCUCUGUUGGCUAGAAAAGAUCCAUGGUCGGGUUCUCGUUGGGCGGUUGUCAGCGCAUGGGGCGCUGCACUUAUAAGCGCCGGCGCACCACCAGACUUACUUAGGGCUUUGCUUCGUGAUUAUCGCGGACCUGAUGCGCAACCGGUCAAGGAUUUAUUCCAGUUGCAAGGUUUCGACCAAGCGUGCGCGUGCGCAUUAUACUUAGCGUGCGAAGAGGCGACCAGCGGCGAUUUGUCUAUUAGCGAAUGGGCGUCUAGAGCCUUCUUCAUUUAUGGCUCUCAACCCGUGCCAGCACCUCUACAACCGCACCAGAUGUCUCACGCACCUUCUAAUAUAGGUUCUCCAAAAUUCUCUCCGCGCCAAGUUUCAACGCCUAUGUCGAUACGCCCUCAAGAUCAAAUGCGACAAAUGCAAAUGAACCAAUCGUACCAACAGAUGCAAAUGAAUCAGUCAAUAGGCAAUCAAUCCAUAGCACCACAAUCUCCAUACCAACAAAAUAUAAAUAGAACUCCAUUCAACCAAUCCUCAUUUGUUGGUAAUGUCACUCAACCAAAUAGAGAAAAUUUCCAAUUACAAGUAGAGUAUAGUUCGAAACACAAUGGACUCUAUAUCUAUGUGGGAAGGAUACUUUUACCAAUCUGGAAUUUGAAAUGUGUUACGAAGUCACUAACGCCAGAUAAAAAGGAGUUUAUGUCAAGCAAAGUCACAGGAGAAGAUUGUGCAUUCAUAGUAAAGAAAUUACAACGUGUCGCGGCGUUCAUACAACGCGUCGUUGCUCCACCACACUCUGAUGAACAAGCUUCUAUUCAUGCACUAAAAAUAUUUAUUACAAUGGCCAUAGAAAUGCUCAGUUUAUGGAAAGUCCUGUGCGAGCAUCAAUUCCACGUUAUAGCAGCCAGUCUUCCGCCAGAACAACAAAGUGCAUUACAAGCUGCAAGUUUUCGAGAGUUAUUGGUCGGUGGGCAAGAAGUGGCGUGUUUGUUAUUGGGAUCUCUAGUCGCAGGAUAUUUGCGUGACAAUGCGUCGGUCGACGGUAUCUCACAGAAAUUGAGGCAAUUGUGUCCUACGCUGUAUAGACAAGAGGACGCUACAUGCUCUAAAGCAAAUGAAUUAUUAAUGUUUGCCAAACAACAAAAGAAUUCCGCCGAACGGGAAGAAAUGCUUCAGCAGGCUCUGAAACUUUGUAAGGAUGUAGCUCCAAAUGUGAAUCUACCUCUAGUUUGUUCAAAAUUACUCUCAGCCGGGUUUUAUUCUGGUAUUGUGGAAUUGUGCGUCACCUGCGCGUCUAGAAUAGACCCUCAAGACAGAGCACUAUAUUAUUACAAGAGUGACCAGCCGUCACAGGACCGAGAGGGUCAUUUGCUUUAUUACAAGAGAAUGGAAAUAUACCGCGAAGUGUGUACUGCGUUAGAGCGUUUGUACGAGCGUAGUGCGGAAGGUAGCGCCGAGUCGUCACCACCGCGUGUGCGUACGCAAACUACUGAUGCGUUACUUACUUUGUCACCAGCUGAUGCUAAUUAUCAGGGUCGAAAACUAGUCGCGGAAUGUUUGUCAAGAGAAGAUGAACUUCUACAUGUUGCAACUUAUGAGUGGCUUAUAUCAAAGAACUUAGGAUCAGAAUUAGUAUCAGUAAGCGGUGUGGCGCCCGCAUCGUUGCGCACGUACUUAUCAGCGGCGGCGCGACAAGCGUCUGGUCGCACGGCGCUGUUACUGCUUGACCUCUUGUGGAAGGUUCUCGAACGCGCUGGGGAUCAUUUGGCCGCGGCUGAAGUGCUCGAGGGACUUGCUACUCGACCGGGCACGGGUGCAACGCUAUCGCAGCGCAUGUCGUGGCUAUCCGCGGGCGUGGUGUGCGUGCGCGGCGCGGGCGGGGCGGGCGGUGCGGGCGAGCUCGUGCGCCGCCUGGAGGAGGCUGCGGAGGUGGCGCGCGUGCAGGCGGCCGUGCGGGCUGCAGCUGCGGCUGCUUCCCCGCCGCCGCCUGCUGCGCUGCUACAGCGGCUGGACGAUGAGCUUAUGGAUAUCACGCAGUUGUAUGAAGAGUAUGCAGACCGUUUCAAUCUAUGGGAAUGCAAGCUCGCAAUUGUCCAAUGUUCAGGACACAAUGACGCUCUGCUGGUGGAAAACAUUUGGAGUAACAUUCUCGCUGAAGCGGAAUCAGCCGCUCGUUCAUUGCAUUCCCCUGAUGAAAAACUUGCCUCAGUUCUUAGUAAAUUAACCACAUUAGGAAGAGAAUAUGUAAAUUCCGGACACUGUUUCCCAUUAUAUUUCAUUGUUCGUCAAUUAGAAAUAUUGAGCUGCAAAAUUCAAGCUGAAAAGAGUAUGGUUUUCAAAGCCGUAUUGAAUAUUGGUGUAUCUUUGGAACAAGUUUUAGACAUCUAUGUGAAGCUAGUGAGCGUGAACGAGCGAGUGUGGCUCGGUUGUGGCGAUGAAUGCCACGUGUGCGGUGUAGCGGUGCUCCUGCUGCAGGCGGCGCGCGCCGACGUGCCGCAGCUGCCGCCCGCGCCGCGCCGCAAGGCGCUCGCCCGCUGCAAGGACCUGCACGAGGCGGCGCUCUCCGCGCUGCAGAGUCGACCCAACACACAAAUACUUAUAGAUAAACUUACCGUGGCGCAGGCGCAUCUAGAUAGAAUGGACUAAUGUAGCAUUAUAAUUUUAGUAAUUUUUAUUUUUAUUUAUGUUAGUUUUUUUUUUUGGUGAAAAAAAAAACAUCGAUCAUUGGUAAUGUUAAAAUAUAAUUAAAUUAGAAAUCCGUAUAAUAUUCCUUAAAAAAUACACUUUUAUAUCUUUUUAAAUAAUAAAUAUACAAUUAUGUUUCAGUUUAUUAUUAAUCGGCAGUGACUGUAAAACUAAAAUUUUACUUUAAAAUUACUAAUUAUAUACAUUUGAUAAUAAUAUAUUUCUUAUAUAUCCUGUUUAAGCUGCAAAAUGCAUGUAUGCAUGUAAGAAUAACAGUGAAUGUAAUUCGGAAGGAACACUGAUUUCUAUUUUUGUAAAUAAAUUAAAUUUAAACAUU